GAGAGAGAGAGAGAGAGACGCCUGAUACAGCCUCAGUCUCUUUCCCUUUAAUCUCUUUUUUUCAGUCAGUGCUGCCUCUUUCUAUGGAGACAAUCAGAUUAUCUACAAUUUACUGUUUCUCCGCAGUGAUUUCAACGCAUUACCUUAAUCUAUGUGGGUCAUUUACAUCAGAUAUGUUGCCGCGUCUCUGUUGAACAGUCUCCGGUGAGCCACCUCUCUUUCGGACGGCAGCAUCACGUUGGAUUUUAACAGGGGCAGAACGGAGUUAGAUUUUUUCCCUUGUGUGGCACAUACAUUUUGACCGUACCCCAGGUAGUCGGGCGUCAGGACAGAAGCCGUACAAUGCAGAUACUGCAAAGGCAAACCAAUAAAGGAGGAAUUGAAAGGAGGGAGUAAUUACACCAGAGGACAGCUCAGGGAAGAAGAGCCACAUUUUGUUUCUCGUCAAAAGGAUAGCAGUUAAAGAACGACAGAAAUACAACUGAGAUCCAGAAUCGCCCUCAUGGCUAGGGGGAAUGCCGUGAUUGUUGAUUUGAUUGGUGGGAGUGCUGUCAAUCAUCUGUCCGUUGCAGCCUGAAGGCCGGUUUCACCUUGGCUGUGGGAGAAGGGAGGAGUGGAGGACUGUGAAUUCAAAUAACUCUGCCAACCGCAGCUGGACCAUGUCACGGCUCAGAGGAACUCCAUGGAUAACACUCACCAUGGUUCGUCCGCUGGCUACUCUCCGUCUUUUUUCCUGGAUUGUGCUUGCGGCUGCUUGGCUAGCCAUUACACAGGGCCAGCAGCAACCCAUUGUCACGACAAACUACGGCAAGCUAAGAGGCUUGAAAACAUCUCUGCCCAAUGAGAUUUUAGGGCCUGUGGAACAGUAUCUGGGGAUUCCCUAUGCCCUCCCGCCCACGGGAGAGAGAAGGUUUCAACCCCCUGAGCCCCCCAUGUCCUGGCCUGGGAUUCGAAAUGCCACACAGUUUGCUCCCGUUUGUCCUCAGUUUCUGGAAGAUCGGUUUUUACUCAAUGAUAUGUUACCUGUAUGGUUCACCGCCAACUUGGAUACCGUUGUAACCUACGUACAAGAUCAAAGCGAAGACUGCCUAUACUUAAACAUUUAUGUUCCCACCGAGGAUGUGGGAGCCAACACAGUCAAAGGCGAUGAUUUCACCAAUAAUGAGGGUGGCGAAAAUAAAGACAUCCAUGAUGAGAAUGGGCUGAGACCUGUGAUGGUGUACAUCCAUGGUGGGUCCUACAUGGAAGGAACAGGAAAUAUGAUUGACGGCAGCAUUCUGGCCAGCUAUGGAAAUGUCAUCGUGGUGACCCUGAAUUAUAGGCUGGGAGUGCUGGGGUUCCUGAGUACAGGUGACCAGGCAGCCAAAGGAAAUUAUGGGCUAUUGGACCAGAUCCAAGCACUCCGGUGGAUCAAAGAGAAUAUCCAGGCUUUCAAAGGCGACCCAAAAAGGGUGACUAUAUUUGGAUCAGGAGCUGGGGCAUCCUGUGUAAGCUUGCUGACCCUGUCACACUAUUCAGAAGAUUUGUUUCAGAAAGCCAUCAUCCAGAGUGGGACUGCUCUAUCAAGCUGGGCCGUCAACUACCAGCCAGCCAAAUACACCCGCAUACUAGCUGAGAAGGUGGGCUGCAACAUGCUAGAUACUAUAGAUCUGGUGGAAUGUCUGCAGAACAAAAACUACAAGGAGCUGAUUGAACAGUACAUCACACAGGCCAAGUACCACAUUGCUUUUGGUCCAGUUAUCGAUGGUGACGUCAUCCCCGAUGACCCCCAAAUUCUGAUGGAGCAGGGAGAGUUCCUCAACUAUGACAUCAUGCUUGGCGUCAACCAGGGUGAGGGUUUUAAAUUUGUGGAUGGCAUCGUGGACAGUGAGGAUGGUGUCUCUGCAAAUGAUUUUGACUUUGCUGUGUCUGAUUUUGUGGACCACCUCUAUGGUUAUCCCGAGGGCAAGGAUACGCUCCGAGAAACCAUCAAGUUCAUGUAUACCGACUGGGCUGACAAGGAGAAUCCGGAGACCAGACGAAAGACUCUGGUUGCACUCUUCACCGAUCACCAAUGGGUGGCACCAGCGGUAGCUACGGCAGACCUUCAUGCUCAGUAUGGAUCUCCAACGUACUUUUAUGCAUUCUACCACCAUUGUCAGAGUGAAAUGAAACCUAGCUGGUCGGAUUCAGCACAUGGAGACGAGGUGCCUUAUGUGUUUGGAAUUCCCAUGAUUGGCCCUACUGAUCUCUUUAACUGCAAUUUUUCCAAAAACGAUGUCAUGCUUUCAGCGGUGGUAAUGACUUACUGGACAAAUUUCGCUAAAACGGGGGAUCCAAAUCAACCAGUUCCACAGGACACCAAAUUCAUCCACACAAAGCCUAACCGUUUCGAGGAAGUGGCCUGGUCUAAAUACAACCCCAAAGACCAGCUCUACUUACACAUUGGGCUGAAGCCAAGGGUGAGAGAUCACUAUCGCGCAACUAAGGUUGCUUUCUGGUUAGAGCUGGUACCUCAUCUUCAUAACAUCAAUGAACUUUUUCAAUAUGUCUCGACCACGACUAAGAUACCUCCUCAGGAUACUACACCAUUCCCAUACACUAAGAGACUAGGUAAAACAUGGCCGUCCACUACACGUCAUCCUGGUGUUCCUCCCGCCAACACCAAACAAACUACAGACCAGCGUAAAGGCAAUGAUCUGGGUGACGACUCAGCGGUGGUUAUCGAGACAAAGCGAGAUUACUCUACUGAGCUCAGUGUGACCAUCGCGGUGGGUGCAUCUCUCCUCUUCCUCAACAUUCUGGCCUUUGCAGCACUUUACUACAAGAAGGAUAAGCGUCGUCACGAAUCCAACCGACGAGGGCCCAGCCCGCAGAGGAACUCUGCUCCGGCUAAUGUGGUGGCUAACACUAAUGACAUAGCACAUUUGCAGAGCGAGGAGCUGAUGUCACUUCAGAUGAAACAGCAGCAGAUGGAGCAUGAGCACCAUCAUGAGUGCGAUUCACCACAGGCCCACGAUACUCUUCGUCUCACCUGCCCGGCCGAUUAUACGCUUACUCUGCGACGUUCGCCCGAUGACAUCCCGCUCAUGACGCCAAGUACCAUAACAAUGAUUCCUAACUCUCUGGCCGGAAUGCAGCCCCUGCACAAUUUCAACACUUUUGGAGGUAGUCAGAACAGUACCAACCUGCCCCAUGGGCACUCCACCACCAGGGUAUAGCUUCUGAAAGAUCCUUUUCAGAACUAAUGGACAUGGUCUGCUAAGGCAUUGGUGGUUAAGGACCUUUGUUUGUCAUGGCAAACUGUGCUGACUUUGUUCCACUUUGAGACUUAUCAUGGUGGAUGAGAUGUUAUUUUCCUAUGAAGUCUUCUUGCAGAAUAUAUCAAAGUCAAAAAUGACCUACUUGCGAAAAAAAUGAAUGUUACUAAAGUAAUACUUUAUUUGGAGCCAAGCUUGUUAAAGGCAGGGGACUUUACACCAAAAGACAAGAACUCUUUCUGAAGGACUUUUUUGCUUGCAUAGACAAUAUACACACAAACGACAGAGGUUAAAGGAUCUAACAAAGCUUUGUUUGUGCCAUAACAUAUGUCAUAUACCAAGAGCAACAAUGAGAGCAAUGUUAUUAUGUGAGAAUUAUAUUUCAGACGAACACAUUAAUAUUAUUUUCUGAGAGUUUUGUCACAUACCGAACAUGUGGACUGAUCUCAAAAAUCCCAGCCUGAAAUGUAAUAAUGACAAAAUUUGUAAAAGUGACAACAUGUAAAUACUUGUGAAUCAAAUACAAAUAUUAAAAUAAUUACAAAAGCUUUUAUUGUUGUUUAGUUCAAAAUAUGACUAUUAAUGAGCUUACGCUUUCGUUAAGGUGCGUGUAAAUAAAUCAGUCAUUAUCUUUUCUUUUUCUUUUUGAAAUCAUGUCUGUGCUAAACACCCUUUACACCUGAAAAAGAAAUAAAAGAGAGGACAGCAUUCUUAUUCCAAAGCCUCUAAAUAUCCAUUUCAGUCAUUUGAGUGUUCCUUUGUCCCGAUGUUUGACGAAUAUUGCAUGUUUGACUGCUACUUUACAUUUGACAAACCCAUACCGUGACCCCAUACAGAUGUUAAAAAU